GGGCUGGAGGGGUGUGGAGAAAAACCAUAGGUAUGCGUGUGUGUGGGGGGGAAACACGCUGAGUGUGCGUCUCAUCUAAUAGAGCCUCGGAACGCAUUAUCUUCCCCGUCAUCUCCGUCUGUGCGGUUGGUGCUGCGCCUUGCUGGGGAAACGGCCAGGAGAAGAUGCGUUGAUGCGAGCGGAUAUUCUCAGCAGCCGAGACUAAUUGUCUGUGAUUCAUGUCCCUGUUGAGUGGCUGAAACCUAUUCAUAGCCAGGGAGAAGGAGAGAAAGGGGAGAGUGGGGACGGGAUCCGCGCAGAGAUCCGCUCUCAGCAGUCUUUGGAAAUAUAGGAAGCAGAUCGCAGAGAGGAGGAAAGCGCGCCAGCAGGUCAAAGUUUCUUUCGCGGUACUGCGUGUGUGUGCGUUUGUGUGUAUGGGAUGGGGUGGGGGGUUCCCUUUUCCGUGGACAUCAUUGUGCUUCAGGUUUGACACCGUGAUGGAAUGACACCAGAAAAGAGGAUGAUGGACACUUUGGCACCGGAGUCUUGCUCAGAGAUCCCCCGCGUUUCCAGCAGGCGCGGUGCUGACCGAGCCCUCAGGACGGUGAUCAGUCAUUUGUUUUGAAGUGGCAGGAAAAUCCUCCUCUUGAUUGAAACAAGAGCGAGAGAUGGUGCGCGCAGCGAUUCCUCGGAGACUGACGUGCGUACUCAUCACGUUCCCGUUAAGGAGCGCGUCUUAAAGAGCUUCAUUCUUCGUUCAUGUUCAUUCUGCUGCUCUGAACUUGUUGAGCGGCGUUAAAGAGCAGCGGGACUCCCAGAGAGGCACUCAAAGAAAUUGCCAGAUCGUCACGCAGGACGAGUACCAUGAUUGACAGCCAGGCAAGCUGAGGAGACCCGUCACUCAUCUUCCUAUCAGCGUGUCAGAGGGCUAUCUCCGUCUUGCCUCCCCCCUCUUCCUCUUCCUUCUCUCCUCCACCAUCCUCCUCCCUCCCUCGGUCCUGUCUUAUCUUCUCAAUGGGCUGGUAGCCUCACCAUCCCUCAAAUCAUCCACCGCCCCUCGAAAACCUGAAAGAGACAGAAAUUGUACUGAAAAACACUCGUAAAGCAACCCGUGCUCCACCGAAAGGGAGUUUGGCAUGCCUCCUCACUCUUCUUGAGUGAAGUUUAGUAAGUGGAAGUCGAAGAGCGAUCCCUUGUUUGUACACCCUUCAGAAGGAGAUACGGCUCCUUAACAAGGAGCUGAGAAAGGGCCAGUCAUGCGUUUCCACUUUGCGCUGACGCUGCAGGCACUGUGGACUGGUGUUUGCCAGGCAGCCAUGCAGCACUACCCUGCUGCAGCAUGGGGACAUUACGAUGUGUGCAAGUCCCAGGUUUAUUCAGAUGAAGGCUUAACCUGGGACUACAUGGCCUGCCAACCCGAGGCAGCAGAUAUGACCCAGUACCUAAAGGUGACUCUAGAUCCUCCCAACAUCACUUGUGGAGACCCUCCAGAGACGUACUGUGCCCUGGAAAACCCUUACAUGUGUAACAAUGAAUGUGACGCCACCACUGAAGAGCUCGCCCACCCCCCAGGGCUGAUGUUCGACACUGAGGGCCGCAACCCCACAACCUUCUGGCAGUCCACCUCCUGGAAGAAGUACCCAAAACCCCUACUGGUCAACAUCACUCUAUCUUGGAACAAAACCAUUGAGCUGACUGAAGACAUUGUCCUCACCUUUGAGUCAGGCCGACCCGAACAGAUGGUCCUAGAAAAAUCACUAGAUUAUGGAAAAACCUGGCAGCCCUACCAGUUCUACGCCACUGAUUGCUUGGACGCCUUCACCAUGGAGCCCAAGACGGUACAAGACCUAACUCAGCAUACCCUGCUGGACAUUAUCUGCACCGAGGACUACUCACGAGGGUACGUGUGGAAGAACGACAAAACUGUACGCUUUGAGAUCAAGGACCGAUUUGCACUGUUUGCUGGACCCCGGCUCCACAACAUGGCCUCACUUUACGGCCAGCUAGACACGACCAAGAAGCUGAGGGACUUCUUUACCAUUACUGAUCUGAGAAUCCGCCUGCUCCGGCCUGCCACAGGAGCAACGAUGGUGGACGAGAACAACCUGUCCAGAUACUUCUAUGCCAUUUCUGACAUCAAAGUUCAGGGCAGGUGCAAGUGCAAUCUUCACGCCAACAGCUGCGUAUAUGACAAAGAGAAGUUGAGCUGUGAGUGUGAACACAACACCACUGGGCCCGACUGCGGCCGCUGUAAGAGGAACUACCAGGGGCGAGCGUGGAGUGCUGGCUCAUACCUGCCCAUACCCAAGGGCACCGCAAAUAUCUGUAUUCCUAGUAACAUUGGUCCAGUUAACUGCGAAUGCUUCGGCCACUCCAACCGAUGCAGCUAUAUCGAGCUGCUAAACACCGUCAUUUGCGUGAGCUGUAAGCACAACACUAGGGGCCAGCACUGCCAGCUAUGCAAGCUGGGCUACUACCGCAAUGCCUCAGCAGAACUGGACGAUGAAAAUGUGUGCAUAGAAUGUAAUUGUAAUCCCUAUGGCUCAGUCAAUGAUCGCUGUAAUGGCACAGGAUUUUGUAUAUGUAAGGAGGGCACUACAGGGCCUAAGUGUCAGGAGUGUCUGCCCGGCUAUUUGUGGGACAAUGGCUGCAAAUCCCGGGUGUGUGACAACGAACUCCUGCGCUGCCAAAAUGGUGGGACGUGUGUCAGCAACGUCCGCUGCAGCUGUCCAACGGGCUAUACGGGUUUGCUGUGUGAGAAGCGCCGCUGCGAGUCAGAGCUGGGAGGCUGUAGGGGGCCCAGAUUCAGGCCAGGCUCACCUGACACCUCCAUCCACCUCCAGGCUGCUGCUGCUCCUGCUGCUAGGCUCGGUUCUGCUGAGAGGGGUCUCCUGCCGGCCCGCUGUGCUCUAAAGUGACCCAUUACCUGGUGGGAGUCGCACACUUCCCACCUUCUCCACCUUAACCCAAGCUCAUCCCCCUCCCCUUUCAGAUAAUCAACAACCAUUUAAAAAAGAACAACCAUGAGCUUUCUGGACUGUAAUGUUCUGAGCUUCUCCGCCUCCAGACUCAAUGGACACUCGCACUGACAAUAAAGGGAAUGUGCCAGUCAAAUGAGUGCAGAAGCUUUUCAUUUAAUUUCAAAGAAUAUAUAGAAAUAAUUAAAAAGAAAAACUAUACUUCUAAAAAAAAAUACAGAUAUUAUUAGAAAUAUGAGUAACUGAGGGUUUGCCUAACAAAAGUAAAAUGAGCAGAGAAUGGUGAGUCCCACCCCGACCCCUACCCUACCUCUCUCCCUCCCCCCAAAAGCCAUACCAGGUACAGUACACGAGCCCCCUUCGAUUUUGAGAGGAGAUAACUAAAGAUGACAGACUCGUUCACUUCUUCUCAUAUUGCCACGGCAACAACAGCUGCGACCAAUCAGCUCUCGCACAAGCCGACGGUGGCCGCCGACCCCUUUGGGAUGCUUCUGUGCGUUGUUAAUGUUGGCUGGACUGAUGCCGAAGAAAAAAAAAACAACAACAACAACAAAAAAAAGCAAACUUGUCCCCGCUGAAUGGCAAAGACUGGCCUCAGAAACAAACCCGUUACACUUCAGCGUGAUAACAAACAGAAAGAGGUGAAAAACCCCAGGACGCAUUCUUUGCUGUCAGUGCAUUGUGGAUAGAAGGAAAUCUGUCCGGACUGCCACAUUGUGACACAAAACCUUGCCCACGUUGAUCCCUCUCUGUCUCUAUCUUUCUGUCUCUCCUUCGAGCUCGGCCUCAUCCUCUCGUUCAUCCCCCUCCCUUCCCUCCGAUCCUAGUUCCACCCCCAGACGCCGCCACUGACCUGUGCUUUCGUGAACGUUACUCUGUAAAACCCUUGUUGGUUGAAAGAUUCUUUUGUCCAAUGUUAGUGAUGCACAUGUAAGAAUCCCCCGUCCCAUCCCUCGUCCCCCUUUCCUCUCUUCCGAAAAGAUACUCCAGUGAAGCUGUCUGAUUCUUUUUUUAUCUUAGAGCCACCACUCUCCCUACUGUCAUGGUCAGGGGAUAGUAUUCACCUGAGCAGACGAGAAGUGCAUAGAAAACCAUCAGUGUAUUUGCAAGUUCUUUUCUCGACAGAUCAAACAAAACAACAAAAAAACAACAAAAAAAAGAGAGUCAUGUAGUCCUUUUGUAUCUUUGCCGAACUGUGAUUGAAAAAAAGGCAACCUGUAUCUAUUUAAGUCAUUCAAAUGCAGAAGCAGUUGGGUUGUUUUUUCUCUCUCUUUCUCUUUUAUUUUCACUUCCUUUUUCACCUUUUCUGUUUAUUACUUUUCGUUGUGCAGUUGAUUUUCCUUUGUAUUGGCAACGUGCUGGCAUCAAAGAAUAUCAGUUUACAUAUACAGUAUUAAUAAAGUGUAAUAAAAUCCCACCAAAGGACAUUAUAAAUGUUUUGUUCUUGCUUUAACACUUGAGAAUUUAAAUGAA